AAACCCGAAACGAAUCACUUCCCACGACACUAAUAACUAUAAAUACGUGGGUUGCCUGCUCGUGGUCUCGACCGCAUCAGCCGGACAUUCUCCUCGGAGAUAUUCUCUGAGCCCUUUAAUGUUGGAUCGCAGCUGCGGUUUGGAGCCAGGAUUUGACCACAGUUCUUGAAUGAGCUAUAGACUACCGUUCGGAAGCCGUUUCUGUUUGUUGAUGAUCAUCUAAGGAUCCUUAGGAACGAAGGGUGGUUUCUGUCUGUGAUUUUCUCAGUUUUAUAACUCCAAAAGCAAAGAUGGUGAACUUUGGGAAACGGUUGAUGGCUGAACAAAUCCCAGAAUGGAAAAGAUACUAUAUCAACUACAAACUAAUGAAGAAAAGACUCAAACAAUUUGUUCAACAAACUCAGCAAGGUGUAAAAGAGAAACAGCAAGUUCUAAAAGAGUUCUCGAUGGUGCUUGAUGAUCAGAUUGAAAAGAUUGUCCUUUUUCUCCUAGAAGAACAAGGGAUUCUUUCAAGUAGAAUGCAAGCAUUGAAUGAGAAACGCACAGCUCUUUUAGAACAACCUGUGCUAUCUCAAAUAAGUGAUUUACGAGAAGCCUAUAGAGAAAUUGGGCAAGAUCUUUUAAAGUUGCUUAGGUUUCUUGAUACGAAUGCUACAGGCAUCCGUAAAAUAUUAAAGAAAUUUGACAAACGUAUGGGAUAUACCUUCACAGACUACUAUGUGUCCACCAGAUCAGAUCACCCUUAUUCUCAACUGCAACAGGUUUUCAAAGACGUG